CAGCUGCUGCGAAGGACUAUAUCGGCUCUGGACCGCUCGCCAUUUUUAUUCUGCCAUUUGAGGAAUAAUACACACAUUUACAAGUGUUAGGUGUGUGUUUUUUUUUAACAGAGACACAUCCAUGAUGAUGGAAGCUGAGGUGAUGCAUUCCAGUCAACAGUCGCUGGGAUAAACCUGUCACAAGAAAGGGUCAGAGGAAGUGCACGGGUGACUGAUGAGGGCCUAAAUGGAUGUUUUGGAACAUGCGCAGCUGCGUUUCAUCAUCCUUGGUCAAGGCUUGAUGUCCAGUGCGUUGUGAUGAAAGGAGGGGUAAUAAACCACCGGAGCCAGGCCCCCUUUGAGGCCCUCGUGUUAGGCUGAAGAGAGGACAUGGACCUGAUCGACAUACUGUGGAAGCAGGACAUUGAUCUGGGUGCCCGGCGUGAGGUGUUUGACUACAACCACCGCCAGAAGGAGCAUGAGCUGCAGCGGCAACGGGAGCUGGAGGAGGAGAAGAGGCUGCAUCUGGUCCGGGAGCAGGAGAAGGCCCUGCUUGCACAGCUGCAGCUCGACGAGGAGACGGGAGAAUACAUACCUCGCGUGCCACCCAGCGCUCCUCUGCAGUCAACCGGCGCACCUCUAGAGGUUACACAGAAUGUCGGCUUCACACAGGAGAAUGGUGGUGCCAUGUCAUUCGAUGAAUGUUUGCAGCUACUGGCAGAGACGUUUCCUUUAGAUGAAACGGAGAACACUUCAGUUUGCCUGGACACAUCUGCUGUUUCGUUGCCCAUCAGCAGCAACAUGAUCAUGUCCCCCGAGCAGCCAGCCAUGUCUCCGGCCAGCCUCUCUCCAGGACAGCUGCCGCAGCCACCGCCACCGCCACCAUCGCAGACGAUGUCUCCAGAUUUGGAGCAGGCCUGGAUGGAGAUUUUGUCCCUCCCCGAGCUGCAGCAAUGUCUGAGCAUGCCAAUGGAGGACACACCAAGCAGCCCCGAAGUGCAGAAUCCAAACUACUCUUUUUACCCCAUGACCAGUCUGACAGAUGGGAAAACAAACAGUUUAAACGUCAGCCCUGCGGACUUUAUGAAUACUUUUGAUGCCUCUGUUCCCACUAUGGCUCCACCUGGCGACCUCAGCCAGAUAAAGCCGAACGCUACUCAGCUAGAUGCUAACUACAGCGCAGAAAACCUCUGCGACAUGUUUUACCCCAGCACGGUGCUGGAGGGGAGCAACGGUCAACACGGCCUCGAAGAGCACGAGAGCACCACGACAUUGUCCGACAUCCCAAACAAAUGCAGCUUCACAUCCAUGGACCUUUACAGCCUCUCGCCUGGAGAGUCAUUUGACAGUGGCAAACAAAAUUUGACAGAUCUGCCCGACUCCGAUUCGGGAAUCUCUACACAAUCGAGUCCAAACGCUAGUUCGCCUUCUAAGUCGGCGUAUGGAGGCGGGUCCUUUGGUUACAGCGAUUCGGAAAUGGAUGAGAUGGACCACAACCCAGGGAGUGCAGAAUCCGAUUACUCCGAGAUGUUCUCGUUAAAUUACCAACCCGAUGACCUCCAAUCGUCAGUUUCUGUACUCAAUGGGGAUCCACAAGAGCUUCAGGAAAUGAAACCCAAACAGCACACGUCAGACCCGGCGGAAGAGAGCGGCCACAGCAGCGCUCCCUUCACCAAAGACAAGAAGAAGCGCUCUGACGCACGUCUCUCCAGAGACGAGCAGCGGGCCAAGGCCCUCAAAAUACCGUUCACCGUCGACAUGAUCAUCAAUCUGCCCGUUGACGACUUCAAUGAGAUGAUGUCGAAACACCAGCUGAACGAGGCCCAGCUGGCCCUGGUCCGCGACAUCCGCCGCCGAGGCAAGAACAAGGUGGCCGCCCAGAACUGCCGCAAGCGCAAGAUGGAGAACAUAGUGGUCCUGGAGACUGACCUGGACUCGCUGAAGGACGAAAAAGAGCGGCUACUGAGUGAGAAGAGCAAGAACAUCACAAACCUGAAGGAAAUGAAGCGGCAGCUGAACAGCUUGUACCUGGAGGUCUUUGGCCUGUUGAGAGAUGAGAAGGGGGACUCCUACUCCCCGGCGGAUUACUCCCUCCAGCAGUCGACUGACGGAAACAUCUUCCUCGUUCCUCGCAUUAAAAAGACUUACAAGAGCAAAGACAACCGCAUAUCUCCUUUAUAAUAUGGUACUGCGUUUUUCAUAGUACACUAUGCAAUAACUUUGUAGUCGCUCAGCUUUAAGCAUUAGUAGCCCAGAACUAUUGUAUAGUUUUCGCUUACUUCUCUUGAAUGUUGUAAUAUUUUUGAUAUUUUACUUCUUUUGUACUCGGAUACUCUCACAGAUUCUUUAACCAAUAGUUUGUAAAUAUAAACAUUAUCUGCUGUUGAGAAUGAUGAAAAUGUUACUGUAUGUGUGUGUGUGUAUAUAUAUUAAUAUAUUGUAUAUAUCCUAUUUCCGUAUGCUAAUGAUCAUUUCAAUGAAUGUUACAUAUUUUAUAACUAUCUCUCUAUGAUUUGCUGGCCACUUUAUUUUUUUAAACCUGACUUCUGUGCUUUUAAAUAAACCCUUCAUAUAGCCA